AGCGUGUUCCCCCCUCCACCCAUCCUUCCGCGGCUGGUGCUGCCCUUCGGCCGCCGCGGAGCGCGGGGCGCGGAGGGCCGGGCUCUCAACGCUCGCACAUCGCACCGCCGCUCCCCUCCUGCCUUCCGCCGCUCUCGUUUGUUUUAAUUUUAAUAUUUUUUUUUUUCUUCCCUCCUCCUUUUCUCCUCCCAUCCUUUUUGGGCGCUUCCCCGCUUGCCCGCCCGCCCCGGCGGGCUGCCCUCCGCGGGCGCGCAGCGCGGGGCCAUGCCGGCGGGGCCGCCGGUGCUGCGGGCUGCCCUCCUCCUCAUCCUCGUCCUCCUGCUCUUCCUCGGCGCCCCCCCGGCCCGCGGAGCCGUGUACACCAACCAUUUCUUGGUGGAGCUGCGCGGCGGGGGCCAGGCGGAGGCCGAUCGGGUGGCGGCGGAGCAUGGCUUCGGCGGGGUGCGCAAGCUCCCUUUUUUAGAAUCUGGAUACUUCUUUUAUCACAAUGGCAUUCCUAAAGCCAGGAGAAAACGCAGUCUUCAACACAAGCUUCGUCUGGAAAAGGACUCCAGGGUGAGGAAAGCUGUGCAACAGGAGGGCUUCAGCAGAAGGAAGAGAGGAUAUAGAGAUAUCAAUGACAUUGACAUCAACAUGAAUGACCCUUUAUUUACAAAGCAAUGGUACCUGAUUAACACUGGUCAAGCAGAUGGGACUCCUGGACUUGACCUUAAUGUAGCUGAAGCAUGGGAGCUGGGAUACACAGGGAAGGGAGUAACCAUAGGAAUUAUGGAUGAUGGAAUUGAUUAUCUGCAUCCAGAUCUUGCAUCAAAUUAUAAUGCCAAAGCCAGCUACGACUUCAGCAGUAAUGAUCCCUACCCCUACCCCCGCUACACAGAUGACUGGUUUAACAGCCAUGGGACAAGGUGUGCAGGAGAGGGUGUCUGCUGCUGCCAACACAACAUCUGCGGCGUGGGAGUCGCCUACAACUCCAAGGUUGCAGGUAUUCGAAUGCUUGACCAGCCAUUUAUGACAGACAUUAUUGAGGCUUCCUCCAUCAGUCAUAUGCCUCAAGUCAUAGAUAUAUAUAGUGCCAGCUGGGGGCCAACUGAUAAUGGGAAGACUGUGGAUGGACCUAGAGAGCUAACACUGCAAGCCAUGGCAGAUGGUGUGAACAAGGGCCGGGGUGGCAAAGGCAGCAUCUAUGUCUGGGCCUCUGGAGAUGGGGGCAGCUAUGACGACUGUAACUGCGAUGGUUAUGCCUCAAGCAUGUGGACAAUCUCCAUCAACUCUGCCAUAAAUGAUGGAAGGACAGCUCUGUACGAUGAAAGCUGCUCUUCAACCUUGGCCUCCACCUUUAGUAAUGGCAGGAAGAGAAAUCCAGAGGCUGGUGUGGCCACGACGGAUUUGUAUGGCAACUGCACCCUGCGCCACUCGGGCACAUCUGCAGCUGCCCCCGAAGCAGCCGGAGUGUUCGCCCUGGCCCUGGAGGCAAACUUGGAUCUGACAUGGAGGGACAUGCAGCAUCUGACAGUGCUCACCUCCAAGAGGAACCAGCUCCACGACGAGGUUCAUCGGUGGCGUAGGAACGGCGUUGGGCUGGAGUUCAACCAUUUGUUUGGUUAUGGUGUCCUGGAUGCAGGAGCAAUGGUCAAGAUGGCAAAAGACUGGAAGACUGUCCCAGAGAGAUUCCAUUGUGUCGGGGGGUCAAUACAGGAACCUGAAAAGAUACCACCAAGUGGCAAGCUGGUUCUCACGUUGACAACUGAUGCAUGUGAGGGGAAGGAAAACUUUGUGAGAUACCUUGAGCACGUCCAGGCAGUUAUAACUGUGAAUUCUACCCGGCGGGGAGACCUCAACAUCAACAUGACCUCGCCCAUGGGAACAAAGUCCAUCUUGCUGAGCCGGCGGCCCAGGGAUGACGACUCCAAGGUGGGUUUUGACAAAUGGCCUUUCAUGACCACACACACUUGGGGGGAAGACCCCCGAGGCACCUGGGCUCUGGAGAUCGGGUUUGUGGGCAGCCAGCCCCAGAGGGGUGCGCUGAAGGAGUGGACACUGAUGCUGCACGGGACUCAGAGCGCACCGUACAUAGACCAAAUAGUAAAAGAUUAUCAGUCCAAACUGGCCAUGUCCAAGAAGGAAGAGCUGGAAGAAGAAUUGGAUGAAGCAGUGGAGAGAAGCCUGAAGAGUAUACUGAGCAAGAACUAGUGCUGUUCUGCAUGAUGGUGUCUUUCCUUCCCCAGACCCCUCUACUCACCUUUCUACUAUCCAAACCUCUGUGUUAGACAUAUUACAAUGAUCGUCUCUGUAGCCAAAUUAUCACCCCUUCUUGAUUUUAAAGUCUUAUAUCUCGUCAAUAACUACUUUAUUUGCCACUGAAGCAAUCAGUUUUUUACUCUAAACCACAAAUGUACUGUCUCCCAACGGAUACUGUGUACAGUUUGUGACUGUAAAUGAUUUUUUCUUUUGUGUCAUACAGAUAGGUAAUAACCUGCAAAGAAAUUGACGGCUUUUAUGUUCAUAUUUUUGUGGUAAACGUUGUUUGUAUUUAAAAAAAAAUAAUGAAUUUUAACACUGGCAGUUGGUGGUAAUGGGCACAUUUUUAAAAAUUACUGUGAGAGAGGGAAUCACAAAGAGGUUGUCUGGAUAGGUCUUUAAAUGUCUAACAGCUCCUUCAGCAUCACUGAUAUCCAUGGGACUUUCCCCAUUGGGUUCAACCAAAGUAGCACUAGACCCUACAAAAAGAAAUAAUCCAGAGAUGAGGAAAAUUCACCAAUCCAACUUGCAGAAAUCCAAUUAUUUUGUUUUCUUUAAUAAUACACUUAUACGAUAUACAUGCUAACACUUCAGCCACAGGAUGGGUCAACAUGCCAUAAGGAAGGCGAAGUGAUGCCAAAGCCAGGUGAUGGGGGGGGAAAAUGCUUUGCAAACUGGGUCAGGGCAUUCUAGAAGCACAAGUUACAGUUUUGGUGGAGGUUCUUCAUUUGGUUGGUUGGUUGGUUUUUUUGGUGGGUGUGGUUUUUUUGGUUUUUUUGUUUUUUUUUAACUUUGGCAAUUUGAAUCAAUUUACCAUCUUUCAGCAGAACAAGCACAUAGGGAUGAGCUGUAGGAUUUCUGGCAACUUGUGUGCAGAAGUGCAUGUGGUGGUCUCUCUACUGAGAUGUACUCCAGCAGCAUAAGGUGAGGCUGUGUCAGCAUUACCAACCACAGACCCCCUAUUUUCUGGGGUUGAAAUGUGGCUGCCAAUAAAUUGCUGUGGGAGAAAUGUGAAGCAUGCAGUUUCAGUCCCAAUGCAAUAUUUAAUUCAAAUUUCAUUUUUAAAAAAUAUUUAUUGGUUUUAUGUUAGACAUAUUUUUCUCUUUAAAUAUAUCUGUAUAAGUUAUUAAUGCGUAAUGCAAAGUUUGCCUUCUUGGGAGAUAAAAUAUAGUGUGUUUGGGAAGAUUUGUUGGCAGUCGUUGCUCUUUCCUGUUUGAAGAGUCCCACCUUGACUUUUUAUACAGGAGUUAAAGUCAGUCUCUCUUGCCCUCAGAGUAUUACUGCAAAACGUAACAUCCUCCUUGGUGGGAAUUACUCGUGGUAGCAACCACUACAUGUUUCCAGGUGUGAGAUCCCAAAUUUAGUAUUUGAAUAAUAAAGAGUCUUGAUUCUGCAAAUAUUUAGGCACUUACAAUAAAGGCCCCCAGUGGACCUACUCAACUGGUAAGUUUAAGCAGGCAUUUCAGAUCUUUGCAGGACCCAAGAUCUACUUUGUAGCAGCGACAGGUUUUAGAAUUUUAUUAUGUAUUUUUAAUAUGCAGAGUAUUAAUUUAAAAUGUUUUAAUAAGAGUUGUCCUGAUAGAAACUCAUUCAGUAAGUAAAUAUUUAUCUAACAAAACAUAACCCAAAGGUUUUUGGGUGGACACAUUCCACUUAGGAAUGUAUAAUCUGUGCUGUUAAUUUGAGUGAAUAUCCAUCUUUUAUUUUUCCAUAAGAGGUCUGUUCUUUCCUUUACAAAUCCAAAUGAAAAAUAAACAGCUCAACCUACUAAAAGUCUCUGUGAAUUACACUCUAAAGGCAAGCCAAGGAGCCUUGCACUACUCACAGGUUCCUCAUUGUGUGCAACAGUCCCAAAGGAAGAAUUUACCAUAUAAAUAUAUAUAUUUAUGCAUACACCUGUAUGACUAAAUGCAUAUGACACACCUGUGGCAUCUCUCUCUCUCUGUAUAUAUAUAUAUUACAUACAAUAUGUAUAUUCAGAGUAUGUUACAUAUAUUUGCUUAAAAAUAUAUAUAGAAUUACAUAUGGUAUGUAAUGUAUAAUACAUAUAUACACAUCACAACCUUUUGUGUGUAUGUGAUCAAAGAAAGAGGUUACUGAAAGAUUUUUAAGGACUUCUAAAAUGUGGAAAAAGUUUUGGAAUAAGAAAAGUCCAUGUGGUAUUCUUAAAUGAACAUGUACCUGACUUUCCAUUGCAUUAAUGUAAUUUUGCAGUUCUCUGUUCAAUUAUUAAAUAUCUUAUAAAGCAGCAAAAUAACUAGAUGGUUGUUCAUAUUUUCAUAAUGCUGACAUAAUUUAUUAAGUGAAAGAUCAUGAUAAUGAGAGAUAUACAGAAAUGGUGAGUUUUGAUAUAAGUAUAUAUAAAAAACUAUGUGUAUAUACAAUACAAAGAUCUACUUCAAAUUCUUUAGGAUUUUUGCUUCAAGGGAUCACUGAAAAAUAUGUCCAGUUAGACCGGGUUUUUACGGUAUUGCUGAUGAAAAAUAAAGUUAAUUUGUUAGUAUUUAUAAUAAAGGAGAAAAUAAAGCUCAUGUUGCGAAAUAGGUGAACACUGUUUAACUAAAGUGAUGAUGUUUUAUAAUAUGAGUAAAAUAAAGAGCUGUUGUAAACCG